AUGGAGCACGCUUGGCUGGACUCUCUAUCUGAGGACUGGGUUUCCCAGCCCGGUUCUGAUUCAUCUGCCAUUCAACUUCCUCCCCUGAAAGACGCCGAAGAGCCCAAGCCCAAACUUAGAGGGACCCCGAGCCGGAUACCGCGUAGAACGAUAGGCACACGGCCCCAAUUAUCAACCGCCCGCGAUUCAAGCUUCAAUAUCCUCAGCGAGCGAACGCCGAAUGGUAUCAACAUCUCGAGCCAUCGAAACAAGCAGUCAUCAGGAGAUUUUAAACCGGCGCGUGGAACUUUCGCCAGUAGAUCUGUCUCUGCCUCCACGAGUGCUUCAGUUGUCCACAACACUAUCCAACACAAAUCCUCUCCUGGUAGGCAACAAGAUACACCAGAGUGGAAGAGAAGAUUGGUGUAUGGUGACGUCGAGUAUGGCGAACAGCGCGACCUGUUUUGCUCAGCUGCGACCGGUCUACAAGACAUGUUCAAGCCACCUACACCGUCGGGCGACGAUGCCGACCACGAGCAGCGCCAGGAGUCCUCUAUGAUGCCGUCUAGUCCACCUUCAUACCCCUCGCGCAUCAUGAGUAACGACCUCGAGCCCGACCUAGACCCACUCGAUGAACUGGAUGAAUUCGACGACCAGGAGCCUAUGUACCCGAACGACGUUACACCCAGCCCGAGCCCUAGAAGAACGCAACGAGAGAUCAAGUAUAAGCUUAAUGUGGAAGAUUCUAUGGGCUCUAUUCUAUGCAGCCCACGGGAUGAAGAAACUCCUUCGAGACCGCGAGACCAGAUUUAUCGCGACGAAAGCUGCUUAAGCGCUCCCUCGGAUGCCAAUGACACCUCGCGAAAGGUUAGUGGACAAAGCGUGGUUCGCAAUGAAGAUUUCAGUCCGAUUCUUAUUGGAAGACAAAGCGACAAGGAGGGCAACAUGGAUUUUGCACCCAUUGAGCUGCCGGCGGACAAACUAAAAAACAAACUUGAAGCGCUGCGUAUUAAUCAGAUGCUUCUUGAUCCUAACGUUGAUCCAAGAACGGGUUUCGAUAGCCACAGCCCAGGCCCCUCCGAUAACGUCGAGGACACCGAGGAGUACGGCACUCGAGGAGGAUUCCUGAACACCCAAAGGGGAGGUCGAUCUGGGGACGGCUCUUUUCGCUUCAGAGACCUCAGCCCCGGUUUGAAUGUUGAUACAAGCGGUAUGCUUGCCGAGGAGUCUCUGCAGGCUAGUACUCCCAAACAAUAUCCCUCUAUCCGAACAGAAGCUACCAAUCCUUAUCAAUCGGACUACUUCAACAUCAGCCCGGCUCUUCCACGGGCUCCAUUUCCCAGCCCCGACAAAAAGGAGAUCUCUUCUGGCCGAAGUGCGCCAUCCGCUGGAAGCCCCCUUAAACUUUUCGGCCCUUACGAUACAUUUACCAACCAAACACUUCUUCGACGUCUUAGUCAGUUUGAGGAAGGCAUGUCUGGUACACCGUCCCGCCAGUCGCUCGGAUCUCCUGGUCCGCAUAGUCAGUUCGACUCCACCGUUCACGAACGCUCUGAAGUUAUGUCUAGCCCGUCUUUGCCUACACUGGCCCCUAAUCAUGGUCCUGGCAAGUUCUUCAGCCGUUUCGGUCUUGGCGAUCUUGAAGGGUAUGAAUUCAGCGAGGAAAUCUCCUACGCUACUCAAGGUGACGCAGCUUAUUCUGAUAAAGAAAAUGAUGCUCCUCAAACGUCAGCCCCCCAAUCCCCCGAACCAGUUUUACAAAGUCCGGAACGACCCUCGUCGCCUGCUGAGCAUCCGGAACUCCAAAUUGGCCGACGCCGUAACAAGUCAACAUCUUCAUCCACGAGCAAGCAUCAAAAGACAGCAUCCGGCUCAAGUCAGAUCCGCAGCAAAGCUUUGAACCUAGCCAUGGGAGCACCUGGCAAUGGCAACACCCCCAAACGCGAUAGCGGAUCAGAGGGUAAGAGACCUCGAACGUCUCCGUCCAAGGACCCAACCCCGAAGCGUCGACGCACGCUCCACCGGGCUGACAUUGCUUUCGGUCGCGAGUUUCUUCUCGAGGGUGUAGAAUCUGCAAGCCGCGAUAUGCAGUCCAUAAUGGGAAGGAAACGUAAGGAUGCCCGACCCGGGGACUACCAGCUCGCUCACCCGAGUGUUCUGGCGAUGCGAACAAUUCUGCACCCGCACAGCCCUGCGGCUAGCCGUAGGUCAUCGCUGCGCACUGAUCCAAACAUGACUCUGGACUCUGAGGCCGACGAUAUCAACGAUCUGUUGAAGCACUCAUCCGUUCGGGCCCUGCAACAGGAGAUGCCAGGUACUGCCACAGAAGACCAUAGUGAAGUGGAUCGGAAACCUUCGAUUAUGACCCAGGACUUCGUCAACCAAGCGGCGCAGAUCAUGGCUAUGAUCCGAAAUCAAGUCAGACAGCCAGGCUUGUCAAGUGUCGAGGAAUCAGAGGCGGAGAAUGCUACGCCUGAAGUCGACGAUGCUGACGACUCUUAUCAGGAGUCUACAAAUGAGCCUUUAUCUCGCCCUCCCAGUCGUGAGGGUAAACCGAUGUCCAGGGUCCCCCAAUAUCAAGAGGACCCAGAACUUAUCAAGCGACUCAAGAAGUACCAAGAGAUCAGUGACAUGGGCGAUCUUAUUACGUUGUCCAUGCGAUCUAUGGGUCUAGUGAAGGAGGCAAUCCUGGCUGAUCAAGAAGUUGAACGCCAGAUUGAGGGAUCUCAACGUAGCCAGCCCGAUGUGUCUUACAACACCGAAGAAGGGGUCAUCAGCGAUCCGCCCAAUAUUCGUCUGACAGCAGGUCCGUCUCAUGAUGGUUCAUCUGGAAGCCCGGCACGAUCUCAAUCAUCUGGGGUUGAUACUAACAGGACAUAUCCUACGACUUCCUCGCAUGCCUCCGAGACUCGUAGGACCAUCAUGCCUGAAAGUGUAUCCCAUCUCAUUCCCGAUCGAGUGGGUAGUAUGUAUCUUGACAAGCAGAACAACAUCUGGAUCAAGAAGAAGGAAACACCCACUCGUCAACCUAUGAACAUCCUACCUUCAGACAGCGAUGACGAUCCUUUUGCGAGUAUCCCAGACCUUUCCGUCGAUUUGACUAGGGAGAUGGCGAAUCUUGUUCUGAAUAGCGCGAAGAAGCCCAGUGCUCCCCGUAGCUCGAGCCAGUCACAAUCACCCGUCAGUCCUACCAAAUCAGUCAAGAAUCGAUCUGCUAGAGGCUUUAUGACCUUGUCUCCGAAUGGACACCUGAGCCCAGAUAUGGCUAGUCUGGCUCGUGAAGAGUUCGAGAAGUUGGAUGCACGGGUAUUAGAAGAUUCGGAGCUUUAUCUGGAUCAAUCUAUUGAAGGCGAAGAAAGCUUUAACGACGACAAGACUACUAGCACACCCUCGACGACAACCAAGAGGCGCAACCUUACCAUCACAUUUUCCUCUCCUGUAGCAUCCGUCAUCCAAGAUGUGGUGCUGGCAGAGGAUUUGGACAACCUGGAAGAUGACCCAGAGCUUCCCAACUUGCACCCUAACAGUUCCUCGCCUAGGAAAUCGCCAGGCUGUGCAAAUGUUGGAAAGUCAGCGCUUAAGAACAGCGGGCAUGGUUCAAGCCGCCACCAUCAUACCUCUUCACGAAGCGGACCCGCCUUUGUACCUCGUCCUGUGUCACGCAUUGAUGAGCAAGAUGAGGAUAGUACCAUCGAGAUGCCAUUCGACGAUCAACGACAAGUCAGUAUCAUUGGGGAUACCAGCGUUGUCAGCCAUAAAACACCCGAUGCGCGCCGGACCAGCCUCAGCUUCGUUGUUAACCACACGCCUGGCAACAACUUCUUCCAACCGACUCCAGAUGACAGUGUACUGAUCGGCCAAAACGUUGGGAAGUAUUCUCUCAGCCCCUUGUCUGAAUUUACUUUCCAUAACGCAGAUCAGUCGAUGGGCUUUGAGGUUAGCUAUGUUAUGGGCCGUCGACAUGCGGCCACGGGUGAUGGCUCUAAGAAGGUCAUGUCCAUGACAAUAAGAGAACUCGUGGACAAGCUUAGUGAGGUAGAGCCUUAUGAGCCUUACUGGGAAGAUAUCGCGGAGUUGGAUCUUCAGGAAAAGCGCCUGACAAGCCUGCAUAUGCUAGACCAGUUCUGUGGCAAACUGGUGACGCUUGAUGCUUCCAAAAACGCACUCGGACACCUAGACGGUGUACCUUCCAGCGUUCGGCAGCUCAAGGUGUCGCAGAACAUGCUAACCGAAUUAACGUCCUGGGACCACUUGAUGAACCUUCAGUAUGUGGACAUCUCUGGUAACGAGGUCAAGAGUCUAUCGGCGCUUAGAGGUCUGGUACAUUUGCGAAGCGUUCGGGCGGAUGACAACAGGAUAACCAGCCUUGAUGGUCUUGAUACCCAUGACGGCCUUCUCACCCUUCGAGCUCGCAACAACUUAAUCGAGGAAGUUGAUUUUGCAAGAGUCAAGAUGGAACGCCUUACCGAAAUCGACUUGGAAGGUAACCAAAUAUCAUCAAUCCGGAAUUUGGAACAUGCACCAGCCCUAGGACGUUUGAAACUUUCCAAGAACAAGCUCACUGGGUUUACGGUGUCUUCCUCCUUCAAAACGCUUCGUCAACUCGAGCUUAGCGACAAUGAACUCACGUGCUUAGACAUUACCAACAUGCCCAACUUGCACACUUUGCACAUUGAUCGCAACCGCAUCACUGAGUUGACAGGCUUUAGCCGAGCUCGAAAGUUAGACAGCCUGAGUCUCAGGGAGCAGCGGGCAGAUAAAGCACUCGACCUCGGUUUCCUCUCUUCAGCUUGCGAGGUCCGGAAACUGUUCCUGUCCGGAAACUACCUGGGCACUUUCGAACCUGCGGUGGACUUUCUCAAUUUGCAACUACUUGAGCUUGCCAAUUGUGGCGUUCAAGCGCUGCCGGACAACCUGGGCCAGCUGAUGCCCAACCUGCGAACGUUGAAUCUCAACUUCAACGCAAUUCGAGAUCUGGAACCACUACGAUUCAUCCCACGACUCAAGAAGCUUUUGGUAGCAGGCAACAGACUUGCUGAUUCAACUGCGGUGACGGAGUUACUUAUCGAGUUCCCACACCUCACCCAGCUUGAUCUCAGAGAUAACCCCGUCACACUCGGAUUCUAUGCACCUAUGCAAGUGUUGGUACCUAUGGAUCGCAGCGGAUAUGUCGAUCCAUUUGUGCUGCCUGAUGCAGAUGUUGAACGGGAUGCGCUGUACUCCAGUCGACUGGAUGAAAUGACUAAACUAAGAAGGCGACUACACCAAAUUGUAUUUGUGGCAAGUUGCAAGAGACUACGAAAGCUGGACGGGCUCGGCAUCGACCGAGAGACGGUUCUAGCCAAAGACGCCGUGUUUCAGACACUGGUUGCUGAGGGCUUGUUGCCAGAUGAGACGCUCGUUGGCGAGGUUUCGUCGCCAUGCAAAGACGUAACGGCGCAGAAUGAGACAAUGAGAAGCAGCCGUUGGAAUGCGGAAGAUAGCUUUGCUUAA